GCGACGGGCGAAGAUGAAGCUUGGGAGGUCGCGAACUUCCCGAUCGGGCAUGGCGCGAGAUGCGUGGAUGCGUAAGUUCACUAAGAAAAAGCACCGCCUCUUCGCUCGCCUGCAGGGAAGUAAAUAUGAACUAACAACGACCAACAACGACCUCCCAACAGCGUUCUUCCUGGCCGGCCGGCUUCAUUAUGCCGUUUAAUUGACUCACUGCUCGAAGAGACAGAGGCAUUCAAUUCUGCUAUUCAGGCGCUUCUCUUAUCUUUUUCUCCCCUUUACUUAGAGCUGCUCCGUUUAGGGGUGGGCGACAGUGACUAUGGUUUCGCCAGCUGUUCCAGAGUAAGUGUUGGCCAGCUGGCAUGCGUUGCGCUAUCACUUGCUAUAAUGCCUUUAAGGGGGCUACUACAGAUGGUUUUUUGUUUACUGUAUGCUAACAGGAAUUGCAUGAGACAGGAUUAUCGAGGAAGACGAUGCGCUCUACUCGUCCAUAGAUGCCCGCACAGAAUCUCUACAGAACCUGAGAGAACUCGGACCCCCAGAUCUCGUUCACCUAGUGAAGCAGUCCAAAUCUGCUGCGAACACCCAGGUUAGAUGCGCCGUUCCUAGCUCAUUGCAGCUAUCCUUCAAAACGACCUUUUUUUGGGCUAACUGAGCGACGGUGGCCUAGACCGGAGUAUAUCACCAUGUAACGGGAAUAGAUGCUUCUUCAUCAGCCAGCUUAGCGGCCUACGUGAACACUCUCACCUACUCGCCGAUUGACAAGCAACAUAAAGUGGUUGCGGGAAUAUACUGGUAUAUACUAUAUAUCCACAGUGAGAGUCCCUCCGGUGUCGAUAUAAAGCCGCUAACGUCCGGGAUAGCUGCUACAAUGCAUUCUCUCAUGUAGAUAUGAGGGUCGAGGUGAAGAUCCCAGGCAGUCUGGAGAGCUAUUGCAUCGACGAGCGAGGGGACAAGCGUGUUGCAACUGAAGCGUUAUGGCUGGAGACAUUCGUGUGCGGCGUGCUAAGGUCCUACUCCUAUGCGGACGACGGUAGCGGAGAUGCCAUCAAGAAGAUCGUGGGCGUGAGACGGUUCAACCCGAUCACCAAUACGGAGAUGGAACACAAAUUCCUCGAUGCCGCAGAAAGGCUCUUCUUCAACGGUUCGUUAUCCUUCAAAUAUAUGUCAGAAAUUGUGUACAAUUGGCUAACGGCGGACCUCCCCCUAUUUUUCUAGGCCGACAACUUAGUUCCGACCCCGAAACCCAAGUCCCCAACACAGUCACCAACCAUCUUACCUCCGGCCUAUUAAAAUACAUCAAUACCACGGGACGAUAUGUGUCUGGCAUUAACCUGUUUGAGAAGCUCCGAGCACGAGAAGUAGAGGUGUCAUCUCUUCUUGCACGGGUUCUGAUAUCAGCCGAUGAAGAGGUGCAGGCUGUCCGAUUGAUGCAUGAUGCUCUCAAGGAUAUACCCAUGGACUAUGCUCUGCUAGACUGCCAGGCUGCAUUUUGCCAGAGCAAAGGCGAGCAUGAAAUGGCGCUUGAAUGCGCCAAACGCAGCGUGACUGCGGCACCGAGCGAGUUUAGCUCCUGGAUCCGGCUGGCGGAAGUAUAUGUAAGCCUUGAGAAGUGGAAUCUGGCACUGUUGACCCUGAACUCUUGUCCGAUGUUCAACUACCAGGACCGAGACUCACCGCGGAUGCCUCAGCCAACCCGCAUCAUCCUCCCUGUGCUUCCCGAAAGCCUGCUGGACGAGAUUGAUGAGGGUCAACCCAAGGAAGGCACUCCGCAUGACAUGGUGCAUCCAACUCUACGAAAAUUGCAUGCAGGCAACUAUCAGGGAACGUUUUUGAAGGCGUACAACCUGCUGACCAAGAUUGCCGCAAGCAUUGGAUGGGAUCAGCUGUUGAAGAUCCGAAGCGAAGUGUUUGUCAUGGAAGAAGAGUACAGGGUGGAACGACAGACGGCAACCCGACCAGGAAGCACUGCUCAAAAUGCCAGCACAGUAGCCCUACAUGACGGCGCAAGUCAGGCUACCAGGACAACCCAGGAAGACGACGACGACGACGACGACGACGAUGAUGAUGGUGACGAGUCUGAGAAUGAGCAGGAAGCCUCGGAGCAGAAUGGAGGUAAAGAGGGCGAACCCAAGAAGUCGUCUGAGCACCAUGGGAUCGAGAAACCCAACCAGACAGUCGCCUCAGAGGUAGUCAAGUCCGGCAACGACGAUCAGGAAAACACCAAUUCCACGUCCCAGUUCCACAAAAAACGUCUGUGCGAGCGCUGGCUGGACAACCUGUUCAUGGUGCUGUACGAAGACCUACGGGUGUACACCAUCUGGCGGUCUGAAAUGGCUCAGUCCAGGCAACAGUCCCUUGACUACAAGAAAUCCCCUACCGAGUGGGAGAUACUCGGCGAACUGGCCGAGCGACUGCACCACCUGCCCGAGGCCAUCGAGGCGUACAAGUACUGUCUGUCUGUGCGGUUCUCGCCCAAGGCCUUACGGGGUAUAUUGAAGAUGUACGAGCGCCAGAACGAUACGCGAGGCAUGCUCAACGCCUUGAUCAGGUUGAUAGCCUGGCAGUACCGCUGGUACUCCGAGGUAUGUCACCACCCAGUCCUUUUUCCAGACUGCCUUCCUACUUUAUAUUCAAGUGAUGCUAACGUGAGGUAGUUCUCCCCGGACCUGCUGUACAUCAUCCGCAAGCUGAUCGAGGAAGAGGGCGCGGUCAAAGUCCGCAGCAUCGUGCAGGCGACCAACCUGCCUCAACCCAUCCUCGAUCUCACGCACCAAUACUGCCAGCUGUGCGCGACGUUCCGAAGCAGCGGAAGCGACGGUUAGGCUGCUUAUAAAAUCAUCUCUAUAAACCUAUAUGGAUUGUAUCUAUGUGUCUGUCUAUCUGCAUGAGUUACUUGCUCUAUACAUAGCAUUAAAUGCCAUGAUGUUCACUCUCAUUGGCCGUGCAGCCUCAGGGCGCCAGAACGAACGAAUAGUGACCUUAUCCAGGUACUUACGGGCUAAUAGUGUACGCAUAUCGAACGGCAGAGGAGUGGGGCGAUAUAAAUAUAAAAAUUCGUUUCUUUACAUCCGUCCCGUAGUUUUUAUCGACUUUAGCGAUGCCGUGAGUAGGACUCCUGACAAAGUUAGCCAUCUACCAUAGCACGUCUUCCAGUCUUAGCACUACAGAAUAUACGAUGAUACCCAGAUGAAGCAAUAUCAAGCAAACGCAAAACACUCCUAUUGUCCUCCUCUAUCAGAUACAUUUCAUAAAAUCAACUUCAGGUUCAGUUUUCCCGUUCACGGUCUCAUCCACGCCAGCGAGUUCUCACUCGUUGGCUUCUUCUUCUUCUUCUUCUU